AUCCUGGUUUCCUACCUCUGGGGAGAUGCACAACUCCUCCUUUAACGAGACGGGUCAUUUGGAAGGAGCAUUGGAAGCUGCUAGGCAACCUGAAGACCACAGUGGAAGGCUUGGUGUCCACCAGCAACCCGAACGUCUGGUCCAAGUAUGGCGGCUUGGAACGGCUCUGCAGAGACAUGCACAGCAUCCUCUACCACGGGCUCAUCCACGACAAGGUGUGCUGCAGACAGAAGGACUACUGGCAGUUUGUGAAGGACAUUCGCUGGCUGAGUCCCGGCUCUGCUCAUCACCUGGAGAAGUUCAUCAGCCUGCAGGAGAGUGGCCAGCCUGACCCAGAGGGCCCGGGGGACCAGGCCAUCGCGCAGCUGUGGCUGCAGCACAGCCUGCAGUGCCACUGCCUGUCAGCGCAGCUGAGACCGCUCCUGGGGAACCGGCAGUACAUCAGGAAAUUCUACGCAGACACUGCCUUCCUUCUCAGUGACGCCCACGUCACGGCCAUGCUGCAGUGCCUGGAGGCUGUCGAGCAGAACAACCCCAGGCUUCUGGCUCAGAUCGACACCUCCAUGCUGGCCGGCACGUCACUGCCAUCCCUGUGCGCGUCAGGUCCUUCUGCCGGGACAAGAGAGACGUGUGACCAUGAUGCUGAAGGACAGGAGAGCCGUCUGCCUGGGGCACUGGGCUGCCUGGAUGGUUUCGCUGAGAGCCUGCUUACCAGGAAGAGUGAUGGUCCACCUCUGGUGACCAAGAGUCAGAGCCUGACUGCCCUCCCUGCGUCCCUGUACAUCCCUGCUGCAGGCUGCACGCAGCAGCGCUGCUUUGGGUCCUUCUCCAGCCUCCACAAUCCAGCCUCCUCCGGCCUCUCAGACAGGAGACCAGCGAGCUCUUCCAUCAGCUCCAGCACCAUCCAGCCCCAGGAGCGCUGCCUGUCCACCCGGUCCUCCUCCUUCAGCGAGGGCAGGUCCCCUCUGGAGCAGCCCGGCUCUAUCACCCGCUUCCACGUUUCCUCACCCAAAGACCUCUUCUCUCCGGCCAGUGACAUGAGCUCCAGCACCACCAGCCAGAACGAGGACACUUGGACGGGGAGUCAGGAUGAUCCACAGAGUGAUGUUAACGAUGGGCCGGAGUACCUGGCCAUCGGGAACUUGGGGCGCCGGGGCCGGGCAUGCAGCAGCGCCAGCACCAACAGCACCAAGAGCAGUAGCUCCAAACUCUUCUCCUCCAGCAGCUCCCAGAAGCUGGACUCGGUCUCAUCCCUGGGGGAGCAGGGGGCAAGCGGAGGUGGAAGCAGGGGCCUGAGCCUGUUGCGCCGGUCCAGCUUCUCGGAGGGACAGUCGUCAGCUCCACAGGGCAUCCUCAAGAAGAGCCAUGCGCGCUCGCACUCUGACACCAAUGUGGCUUCGGGGAAGUUGCAUGAGUCCCACGGCGAUCCAGGUGGAGGGAGAGGGCCCGUCUCUGCUUCCACCCAGAGCAGUGAACUGAGCACACCCAGCUCCCUCUACAUGGAGUACGACUCUGGGCAGUACUUGAGCUCGGGGGAAGGGAUGUUCAGAAGACCCUCGGAAGGGCAGUCCCUCAUCAGCUACCUCUCUGAGCAGGACUUCGGCAGCUGUGCAGACCUGGAGAAGGAGAAUGCCCACUUCAGCAUCUCAGAGUCCCUGAUCGCUGCCAUAGAGCUGAUGAAAUGCAACAUGAUGAGCCGGCAGCUGGAGGAGGAGGAGGAAGACAGUGACAAGGAGAUCCAGGAGCUUAAACAAAAGAUUCGCAUUCGGCGCCAGCAGAUCCGCACCAGACACCUGUUUCCUACCUGCCAGGAGAUGGGCUCAGACAGUCUUGUGGCAACAGACAGUGGGUCCCAGUUCAGCUCCCAUGGCUCCAUGCGGCUCUCUGACUCCGGCUCCGAUGUGGAAGAGUACGAGAUCCGAGAUGGUAACGAUGGAUCUAACCUGAUUCAAAUGUCCAAGAACGGCCUCUCAGUGUCAAUGGCUUCCUUGUUCUCAGAUGCAGACAUCAAGAGGAACCCAGAUUCCAGCAGGAAGUCCUUUCUCUCCUCAGAGUCCAUAUCCCACUCCUUCCUCAAUUCCAACUCGGCAGAGGCCGUGGCCAUGGGCUUGCUGAAGCAGUUUGAGGGCAUGCAGCUCCCGGCCGCCUCUGAAUUGGAGUGGCUGGUCCCUGAGCACGACGCCCCGCAGAAGCUCCUGCCCAUCCCCGACUCUCUGCCCAUCUCUCCUGAUGAUGGAGAACAUGCCGACAUCUACAAGCUGAGGAUUCGGGUGCGCGGAAACCUGGAGUGGGCCCCACCGCGACCACAGAUCAUCUUCAAUGUUCACCCAGCCCCAACGAGGAAGGUGGCCGUGGCCAAGCAGAAUUACCGGUGUGCGGGCUGUGGCAUCCGGACUGAUCCUGAUUACAUCAAGCGGCUGCGGUACUGUGAGUACCUGGGGAAGUAUUUCUGCCAGUGCUGCCAUGAGAAUGCCCAGACGGUCAUCCCCAGCCGCAUCCUGCGCAAGUGGGACUUCAGCAAGUACUAUGUGAGCAACUUCUCCAAAGAUCUGCUGAGCAAGAUCUGGAGUGACCCACUCUUCGAUGUGCAGGAUAUCAAUCCUGCCCUGUACCGGAAAGUGAAGUCUCUCAACCAAGUGUGGCUGCUGCGGAUCCAGCUUUUCCACAUGAAGAACAUGUUUAAGACGUGCCGGCUAGCUAAAGACCUCUUAGACUCCUUCGAUGCAGUGCCUGGCCACUUGACGGAAGAUUUGCACCUCUACUCGCUGAGCGACCUCAGCGCCACAAAGAAAGGGGACCUGGUGCCUCGCCUGACGGAGCUCCUGAAGGCAGGCAGCCUGCAUGUUGAGAAGUGCAUGCUGUGCCAAGCCAAAGGCUUCAUCUGCGAGUUCUGCCAGAAUGAGGGCGACAUCAUCUUCCCCUUUGAGCUCAACAAGUGCAGGACAUGUGAAGAGUGCAAAGCCUGCUACCACAAAUCCUGCUUCAAAUCCACCCGCUGUCCCCGCUGUGAGCGGCUUCAAGCCCGGAGAGAGCUGCUGGCCAAGCAGAGCAUGGAGUCCUACGUCUCGGACUAUGAAGACGAGCUGGAGCAGCCGGAGGCAGUGGCAGCCACAUGAGCAUGUUGCAGCAGAGAAGCAGAUCAUGGGUUUAUUUAUGUGCGUGGCCUUCGUCACCAGAGACUGAGCCAUGCGGACUGGAGAUGAGGACUGUCAGGAGGCCUGGAGCGCUGUCUUGGAGGGAUCUGUUUUCCCCCAUGCCGUAGUGCUGGGCUGGGGAAGGGGCAUCUUCCAUUGUCCAGGUCUGCUCCAGGUACCGCUCGCACUCCCCAAUGCCUUUGUUUGGGGAAAGGUGGCUGCUCCUGCCUGUCCUGCAGGCAGAACAGGGACCUUUUCGAAGCAGUUGUUCAUGCUGGACCAGGCAGGGCUGUGCUGCCAGUCCCCGUGCCCUGCUCCCUGACAGGGUCCCUUGGGGGGUCAGCACUUUCUGCUCAUCAGCUGUAUACUAGGAAGCUCUGGCCACGUCUGCUCCUUGGAGUGGGGGAAUCAGCUCUCCGAGUCCUCUGAUCCCCUGUUCUGCUGCUGGGGGUUGUGUGCAUGGAGGGAGGGUGGGGGUUUGGGGUUGGUUGUACGUUUAACAGCUCCCUUUCUCAAUUCUGGCUUGGGACACUGCUGGAGAACAGUUGCUCUCACACCAGGAUCAGAGCAGAGGAGGUGGCAGUGGUGAAAAUGCCAGAUUUCUGCCUUGCCUCUCCGCGCCAUCUAUGCUGAGCUGCUUUCCCUGCCCUCCACCCGCAGAGGGGCACUGCCCCCAGAGCAGCAGCAUAAAGGGACCGGUGCUGCCGGGCUUUCAGCAGAGGCAGAUCCCCGUGGCCAGAGAAUGCAGUAAGUGAGGCUUCCAACCCCGCUUCCUCCUCAUGCUGCCAGGCUGUCCUCCUGGGGGGACAUGUCCUCCUCUGAGGGUGACGUGGGACCUCACUCUGGUGGCACCAGCACCUGCCUUCCGUGCAGCUGCCUUCUGCCCGAGACCUGUUGGGAUGUGGGUGAAGGCUCAGCCCUCUGGCCGCAUCCCCUGAGCCUCUGUCUCGGUUUGUUCUUUUAGGUUGGGUUUUUGUUUUUUAAUCU